GUCAAAUUACGAUUUUACCCUCAUCUUCAACCUCUUGCCUACGUUUUCAGAUCUGUAUUAUCUUGUUCUUCAUUCAUGAAAUAGACACUGAUUUAGCUCUUGGUGGUCGUGUCCACUCGUUGCCUCCAUCGUCGUCAUCUUCUUCCUCAAUCCAAGCCGUAUCAUCCAACGCCAGCGAAGCUCAGAGUCCUCAAAAGGUCUUUGAACGAGGUGGCUCUUUCUUGGCUGGGAAUUUGUCUUUUAAUAGGGCGAGAGUGUCCUUGGAAGGACUAAAUCCACCCCCUGCCUACAAAGAGCCUUUAAUGACUAUUCCAGGAAGCCACCCGAUUGUGCAGCAUGAGAUUUUGAAUAAUAAAAAGCAAAUCUUAACCAAGGACGCAGGUGACUCAGUGAAACUAUGGGAUAUAACUAAGGGUGUUGUGGUAGAGGACUAUGGGAAGAUAUCAUUUGAAGAGAAGAAAGAAGAACUGUUUGAAAUGGUAAGCAUUCCAUCAUGGUUUACAGUGGAUACACGACUUGGAUGCUUAUCACUACAUUUGGAGACUCCACAAUGCUUCUCUGCUGAGAUGUAUUCAGCAAGUGAAACAAUACCUCGAGGAGAGACUGUUGAGAGGUGGGAAGAAACGAACUAAAGAGAGGAGGCGAGUGGUUGUUCUCCAUCUCCCUGCGUAUACACAACAGGCAAGCUGCAGAGUGACACCUGCUUGAACCCUAAAACACGAAAAUCCGACUCUCCAGGAUCAAACGAAGACGAUGAGAAGCAACAAGUGAUCCUCUUCACACCCAAAAAGCAACCUGAAUCGUCCGAGGAAGCUGCAAAUUCACAAUCAUUAACGUUGGAUCAAAUCAAAAUUGACCAAGAGAGAUAUUGAGAAGAAAAAGAAAAAAACCUUUAAUUCCGAAGAGUAUACUACUGAUCAAGCCGUGGCGGAGUAUGUAUUGAUAAUUCUCUCCUAAAACGAUUUUGAGUAUUGUUUUGAUACCUCACUCACUUUCGUAUGUAUCGAUAAUUCUUAAAUUCCAAUUACUUCUCUUUUGUA